AUGAAUGUAUGUUUCACUGUUACGGAUAUUGAAAAAUUAGAUGAACAAAUAGAAGAUGUCGUACCAUACCCCUCGAAUACCAUAGUUCUCAAUUGUUAUACAUUAAAACAGUUUGAAAAUGCUAUGCUGAAACUCGUUACUCUGCCGUACUGGCAUCCGCUUGCUAACGUUAUUUUGUUCUAUCACUUUCCAUAUGACAAACUUGCGGUAGCAAAUAUAUUUUUUGCCUUCUGGUAUUUUAAAGCUAUUAAUGCUAUUAUAAUGCAGUAUGAUGAUUCCGAAAAAGUUAUGCAUAUAUCUUAUUAUAAUCCUUAUAUUAGCGAAUACUUUAUGCUUGAAAAUAACUUUGGUUGUUGGACAACAAGAAAAGUUUCGAUACCCGUUAGAAAUUUUGAAAAUGGAUUUCAGUGUGAGCUGGGUUGCUUUAACGUUUCAUUGCAUUCAACAUUUCGAACCAAUAACCUAGGCAGCUGUAUCGGAUUUGAAACAUACUCUAUAAAAUACGGCGAUAUAGAGGCUAUUAAGAAUCUUAAUUUAUUUAAUGAUGUAAGCAAGGAUUUCCACAACUAUACGAUGAUCGGUUUUGUUGUAGAGAUAAAGCCGUUUCUAGAAAUUGAAACACUUGGCAAUGGGUCUUAUUUUAUGUAUAAAAGAGAUGGAAAUAUUUGGAAUACAAUGGCGAGACUUAUGAAUUUUACAAUAGAUAUUUCCAUAAACAAAGAAGUGUUAUACGAUACAUUCAAUUACGAAAUGAGUAUAAGAGAAAUUGUCUUUUUUACUCAAAGAAAAAAAGACUUGCUUCUAGUACCUUUGUAUCAAUUUGAUAUAAUGGUCGUUGAAGCGGAUAACACCGUGCCCUUUGCGCAUAGCGGAGUAUGUUUCAUGUCCCAUCGAGCCGGUUUUGAAACGGUUGUAUUUGACGGCAAUUUGUUCACAAAUAAUUAUAAUAUAAUAAUUGAGUUCUUGCUCUGUUUCUUCUGCACUUGGAUAGCAUUUGUUAUAUUUGCUAUAGAACAAACGAAAAUAUUUACAUUAGAUCAGCUUGGAAAGGAUCUCGUCAAUUGCUUUAGAACCGUACUUUCAAUAAGUUUGCAUAAACCACCAAAGCGAAGUAGUUUUAGAAUAUUUUUAGCGGUUGCAAUUUGGUGUUUCUUUGUUAUAAAUUUUUCUUUACAAGCUGCAAUUAUAUCUUUAUUUUCUGUUGUAAAGAAGGGGAAAGAGGUUGACACAUUUGAAGAUAUUUUAGCUAAAGAUUAUAUGAUAGAAGGAAUCGCGUCGCCUGAUGUGGUAUUACCUGAUAAUGAGGAGCGAUUUAGAAGAAUUAACAGCAAAGUCGUUGCUGUUCAAAAUAUGUUUACUUGUCCUAAUCGUUUGAAAAACGACAGUCAAAGGUUCUGUAUUAUUGAUUGUGCUUUUGGUCGGUAUUUGGAAAGAAAUUGGUUAAACGAUAAAGGAGAGCAGUAUUUGCAUGUAGCGAGACAAGACAGAAUACACAGUCACUAUCUUCAAAUGCUAUUACAAAAACACUCACCAAUGACAGAAAGAUAUAAUAAAAAUAUGUUAGCUCUUUUUGAAGCGGGAUUAAUCAAUAAAUGGAUUGAAUACCGAUUUAAUGAUAUUAAGGAUGAAGCUCCUGUUAAGGCUUUGGGGAUUAAUGAUCUGAAAGGAAUAUUUCAGUGUUAUUGCAUUCUACUUGGCGGCUGUUGUAUGGUAUUUAUGAUAGAAUUUAUCUCUGGUAUGAGAUUUUGGUACAAAAUAACAAAUAGAAUAAGAAGGAAUGCCCUAGAACGAAUAUUGUACUGA